AUGUCAGAAGAUCAAAUUAGACACUGUGGAUAUUGUUUAAAAGAAAUUAAAGGUGCCGAGGUAAAGAAAUGUGCAGGAUGCUUACGUAGAUGCUACUGUUCAAGAGAUUGUCAAGUUGCAGAUUGGGGAUCAAAGGGUCAAACCCACAAGUUAUGGUGCAAAGAAAAUAUUUGUGAAGAGGAUUUAGAUUGGGAAAUUAGAGAUUCACCAGGGAAGGGCUUAGGUGUUUUUGCAAAGAGAAUGAUACCAAAGCACACUAAAAUUAUGGUAGAUAAGGGUUAUAGAGGUGUUCAGGAGACACCAUCAGACUUUUUAAAUACAUUAAUGCCACAUCCAGGUUCAUUACAAGAGAAAUGGGACUUGAAUUCAUUUUACACACCAGAAGGCGGCGAUAACAUUGGUAUCAGAUUAGCAAGAGUUAAUUUCGACUGUAGAAACAACGCUACAAAUAAAUUUGUACCAGAUUUAAGUACAUUCAUUUUAAUUGCAAUUAGAGAUAUUCAACAAGAUGAGGAAAUUUCAAUUCAAUACUACUUUUACAACGAUUUUUCAACUAGCAAGGAAAUCAGAGAUGCUAGAGAGACCAUUAUCAAAGAAAAAUGGGAGGUUAAUUGUGACAGUACAUGUAUUUGCAAGAAUAGCGAAAUUAAAGAUAAAAUUCAAAAGGCACACGAGUUGGACGAAUUAAUUCCAACCCUUCCAUUAAAGACCGAAAAUGAUGUUAAGAAAUCAUUGAAGCAUGUUGAUGAUUUAAUUAAAAUGAAUCAAGAGUUAUCAAGUGGAAUCAUGCCAUUGUCAAGAGCAUACUAUGAUGGUUUCCAAAUCGCAAUUACACACAAAAAAACAUUCCCAUUACACAAAAAAUAUAUAGAAAAGUAUUUAGAAGCUAUGGAAAUAGUCAACUCCAAACACUCACAAGCUUAUUCAGAAGCUUUACAAUAUUUGAAAUAUCCAAAUUCCCAUAGAAAUCAUUAUUAA